AUGGACACCUCACGAGACUCAUCGAAUCUGCUGGACACGCAUAAUCGGCUCAUUGCCGACGUCCUCUCCCGCUUCCGGAUGCUCACAAUGCUCGCGACGAUCCAAGCUGAAGGAGAGCGUAAGAACGUUGAGCCGCAGACGGUCGCUGUGACGGGCAUGUCGAUGCAAAUGGAAUUUGAAGGACUGCACGCAUCAAUCAAAGACCUCCUCGCACUCAGCCGCCGCCUCAAAGAGCUCUGGCUGUUCGGCAAGCUAGGACAGGGAGAAGGCGACGCUCGCAUUCAGGCAGACAAGCUUCAGGCCGACGUGGUCCGGUGCGCGGAGCUCCUUAACGCCAUCCAGGAGACGCGGUUCGCUGGUCUUGCAGCCGCGGCAGGGGGCAAAUGGGUGCCGAUGGGUCGCGCGGAUGGUGCAGCUGGAGAGGGUGCUGCUGCGGCUGCUGCUGGUGCUGCUCCCCCACCUGCUGCUCCGACGGCUCCGAAUGGAGCUGGUGGUGCUGCGUAG